GGAGCUUCCGACUAUACCGUAACUCAGCACCCCGCCUCUCCGCAAAUAUGUCGUUUCAACCUCUCAUCACUUUCAAGGCUGGCAAAUGCGACCUUGAUCUAAGUGGCAGCCCGAAUCCCAAAGUGAAACCUAUCCAAACCCCCGGCUAUGUAUACCUCUACAUGGGAGAUGACUUCGUCCAUUUCUGCUGGCGGCCCCGCAACGCAUCCAUCGACGAACCCGAGCUCGAUCUCCUCAUGAUUCCCGGCGAUGCGUCAUUUCUUCCAUACCUAGGCGCUGACGCAGGCGCUGAUUCGGAGAACCUCAAGUCGCCGACCGAUGGCCGAAUCUUCGUCCUCAAGUUCAACUCCAGUUCUCAGCGAUACCUUUUCUGGUUACAGUCCAAGUCACAACACCCACGGAACGAUCCCAGCUGGUUCAGCGAGCGGGACCUUAAGAUUGGACAGAUCAUCGAUCUCCUCUUGAAUGGCGAGGACGUUGACGUCCAGGCCGAGCUUGCCACCGCAAACAGCCGCGGCGGACCUAGCGGCGAUGAUGAUGAAGAUGAGACAAUGGAGGACGUGGAAGGCACAAACCACCCUGGUCGUGAUCGACAUGGAAGCACAGGAGGCGCAGGGCCGGGAGCUACUGGUGGUGAUAUCCGAGAAGAAGGCGAAGAGUCUCGAGAAGGAGGAGCUGAUGGCGGUCGAGCUGCCGCAAUAGGCUCGAACGAUGCUCAAGCGGCAGUUCAGAAUUUCCUGCAAUCUAUCCAAGGCGGUAACCUCGCCGGCGGAAACGGUAGCGGUGGACAGCCAUCCUCAGGUCAUUUCACAACACUUUUGGAUCUUCUGUCACCUAACAACACCAUCCCGGUCAUCGAGAAGGCAUCACCAGCUCUCCUGGACGCGCUAUGUGCAAAUCUCCCCCCAAUCAUUCUCCUCCUUGCACAAGAGAUCGACAACGUAUCUGAGAUCGAUCCAGAGUCGGAGGAGGCCAAGGCAGUCAUCGAAUCUCUUGACGAAGAAGACAAGAGAGACGUUCUACGACGCGUCCUCACCUCACCACAAAUGCGACAAAGUCUCGGCAGCUUGACGGUCGCUUUGAGGGACGGCGGCCUGCCAAACGUAAGUCAGGCGCUCAAGAUCGACGUCGAGAACGGCGGGUACCUAAGAGGUGGAGGUAUGCCAGUCGGAGGCGGCGAUGCGGUCAAGGCGUUCUUGGACGGCGUGAAGAAGACGGUCGAAAAAGAGGGCGAUGACGACGACAUGGACACGAGCUAAAUGAUCAAACGUCGAUAUGUGCCAUAGAUUUCAUGACAUGAUUGUAUAGAGAGUAAUGCAGAGGCGUCCUGUGGUUAUACCAGGCGCCGUAUGAAUAGCAACAAGGAAAUAUCUACUUCUCCAA